AUGCUGACUUCUUCAGCUCUCAAGUCUAGUGUUUCCGCUUCAAAUUUUAGCGAGCAUUCACUGGAGAAGCAGGCUGAUCCAAUUUUGGCGCGGCGGUGGAAAUCAAGGGGCACUCAUGGGUCGUCUGGCGGGAACAACGUUUGUUCAGACACUCCAGAGGACCAGCAGCCUUCCUCCCCUGUCUCUGCACAGCCUUCCCCAGGAGGACCACCCCCUUCCAAUUGGGGCCCCUUUGUCCCGGGCCACCUUUUCUUCAUUGUUUGUCAGAUCUUGCUGUUGAAUUGGACGAGAUUGGACACUUCCGUAAUCUUCCUAUUAGCAUUUUACACGCCGCUUUUGUUCAUGGGGAUCGCUUAUGGGCUUCAAGAGGAUGCUAAAAAGGGACAAUUCUUGCCAAGGCAACCGGGUUUGCCCCCACACUGGCACAACUUAUACGACCCCACCCAGAACCGGACCUUCUUCUACAACUCUCGCACCAAAGUUGCUCAGUGGGCGUUGCCCGGUGACCUCAUUCACCCCUCCACUGACGUCAGCAGGACGUCAGACGAGCUCCUCGUGUCUUACUUUCUCCAGGGUGCGAGAGAGCUCGUGGCUUCCAUCUUCAAGCUACUUGGAACGGUUGGGUUAUACGUCGCUCACGUAUUGGAGCUUGCGUGGAGCAUAAUGCUGCUUUGGAAUAUACUCGAGCAAUCUUGGGUGCUCCAGGGACUCCUACCGGUCGCUUGUCUCGCCCUGCCUCAACCCCUGCCAGCUGUCAUCCUGCUCCUCGGAACAUUUCCCGUGAGGCUCGUAGUAGAUAACGUUUCCGCCCAGUCUCUACGACUCGGUUGGGAAGCCCUCCUGUGCGCGGCGCUCCUUUUCAGUCUCGUUCCCGAGGUUCGGUCGUUGCUGGCGACUCUGAAGCGGGCGGCUCGAGCCAGGUUGUCGCCGUGCAAAGCAACCGGGGACGUGAAGCUCCUCACCGACUUCCUCUGCGCUUUGUGCCCUGGGCUCGGCUGGCGGCUCCGCCCGUUCGCUCUCCGUCUCAGCUUCGAUCGCUUCGUCCUCGUUCCGCUGCCCUUCAGAGUUCCGCUUCCGGUUCCGGUCCCCGCCUGGGACCUUCUCCCGAGGUCGGGGGUCGCCGUUCUGCACGGCCUGCCCUUCGUUUUACCCCUGGUAAAAGCGCUUGUGGCAGCGAGAAAGGGAGACCUGUGGCUCACCCCGGGCGCUUUUGCGAAGUCGGUUAUUUUGACGCCGUCUGUUUUGGUGGGCGUCUUUGCGGCGUUGACGGUGGUUUUCAUACGGAGGAAGCGGGAGGCAUAUGCGAUUGCUCUAGAAAGAGUUAAGGGGGCCCAGCUAAAACGAGAGAAGGGGGAUGAGGUGGUGCUCGAAGAUCUGGAGACGAAAGUUAAGAGGGACUUCGACGAGAGGCUUGGAUUUGGAGACAGUUUAUUCUCUAUUUAGAUGAAAACACCAAUUCUGUAGCUCCAGAAAUAUCUGAGAUUGUCAAGGUCGAUUGAACGGCAGACACGUGAGUCGUAAUUUAGUAUUUGGACUCGGUUCUUGGACUUGCACGGCGGACCGUCGGACUGGAGAAUCAGAGAUACCGCUUAGUGCGAGCUAUGCUUGCAUGGUCGUUUUUAUAUGAUCUUAAGCAU